AAACUUCCAGCGAAAGGACAUCCAUCUUCAACAACUUAGGUAAAAUGGCUUCUUUUCGCGAUGCACGAGAGUUCCGAGGUAACCAAGUUGAAAACGAAGAGGUUAAUGUGAUAUUCGUGGAGCCUAUCGCCAUGAUAGUGCCGCCGGAGUUGCAGGAUUCGCCCAGAACCAUCACGUCGGAGAGUGGCGCUGGUUCGAGCGCGGGUGGUGGUUCUGAUGACCACUGGCCUUCAACUUCCAGCUAUUCGCCCACGGAAGAGACACCCAGUGAAACAGAGGGUGCUAAAGAGGCUGGGUGCAGUGCGCCGGUGAUGGGUACAGCAGCUGAGGUGGUUUUGUUUGAAAGGGCGGCACUACAUCACGAGGUUGCAGAUGAUGCAGCCAUAGUGAAAAGAUACAAGAAGUUGGAGGAGAUGUACGAGCUGGCCCUUUCGCAGCUUACUCCCAACAGCAUAAAGUUUAUCAUAGGCUUUAUGCUGUUGUGCAAAAGGUUGGAGGUGCCUGCAAAGGUGGUGGUCUUCAGGUCGCUCUUCCUGUACCGUUUGUGCCCGUCCACCAGUGGAACGAGAUGGUACUACAUCUCGGGAAGAGAGAAGAUGAUGAUAUUCACCAACAUAAGAAACAAGGUUGCGAGGUGGAAGAGACAGUUCGUCUUCAUUCGGGAUACACGAAUAGAGAGGAUCAAUAACGAGCUCGCCGCCCGCCUGUCAGAGUGGCGUACACCCAACACCUAUAUGAAUUACCCACAGCUGACUGUUGGUGAGGUCAACUUGAAGAAUCGGCUGCUUGAUUAUGUUAAGGCGAGGGGUUUGGUAGAUCUAAAAGCCUUGGUUACCCCGGAGCAGAUCGCCUUGCUUGGGUUUGUCGAUGUGGCAAACCUACAUUCUGAAGCAUAUUGGAGAGGUAGCGUUAGAGAGUACAAGGCUCAAGGAACCGGGGAGCUGGGUCUGGUUCCCAACGUCAAUCUUGCUUUGACGAGCAGCCGCCUACUGCACCGGGGCGCAGCUCAUAGCACAGAAGACUCAGAUGCCGAGGAUGACGUCCCCCUCAUCCGGCGGAGGACAAGUACUGGGAACCAGCCCGCUCCAGCUGCUGCUGCGCGACCUGCCAGCGUGCCCCAAGCGCUAGCUCGUGAGGUUGCCAAGCCAGCACCUGCCUCAUCGUCUAUAACGGGGCCACGAAUUGCAUACCCGGACGGCUUUAGCUACGUACAGACAGACUGCCAGGCCGCGAUGCUGCAGGGUAUGCAAAGCUUCGUGCCUCUUGCAGACCGACAACGUGCGAAGGGGCACAUUAAGCGUUCAGCUACACUAUCGCACUCUUUGAGUGCGAGCAAGGAGCAAGGGCGCAGAACAACGAGCUCCAACAAAGCUGCAAACAACUGGCCUCUGAAAAAGCCAGUUUGGCUGAUGAGGCAGAGAAGGAGAGUGGCAUUCAAGCUGCCAAGGAGGAGGCCGGUCGUGCAGAGGACCGGAGAAGACCGAGCUAAGAAGACAGAAUUUGAUCGCGAGAAGACUCUACACGAGCUGAGCGCCCUGAGAGAAAGGGUCUCACAAGCUGAUCAGCACGUCGCCCAGGCUGAGGCGUCCUUGGAGACGACCAAAAGGCUCCACCAGCGCAACGUGUGCUUUGCCCGCGCACAAGGGGCUGAAUGGCUGGUGCUACAAGUCCAGGCUGACUUUCCCAUCGGUGAGCUGGCCUUCUUCGAGGGUGAGGAGAUUGACGAAGAAGGGGAGAGCCUCGCCCAACCAGCUGACACUAGGCUUCAAUGCUUGGGUGGCAGACCCCAUGAUGUGCCUGCUGAGCCUUCUAACACUUCCCCCUUUGCUCAGCCUCAGCCCGCACCAGCCGUUGGUCCUGCUCUCUCUCCUGCUCUCUCUCCUCCAGAUCGGUCAUCUCCAGCUCGAUCUGCUGCUGCACCUAAUGACGCAUCCAUCCCCGUCGACCUGACGGAUGAUUAGCUUAGGACAUUUUGCUUUUUCUUUUGUAUUUCUUUUGAUAUUUUUGUGUUAAUCAAUGAACUGAUUCAUGAUAUGUACUUCAUAUGUAAAAGAACAUUCAUGAAAUACAAUUUAAACUUCUUG